AUGGCAUGGUAUCCAGAAGAUACUAUCCUUUUCGUAUUUUCAUGUCCAUUGUCCCAUGUCAGCAAGAUGACAUGUUCUUUAGGGAAAAUCGUUGGUGAAACAUGUUUCGGGAAUCAUAUAGAAGAACAUCUUGGUCAAAUUCCUCAAGCUAAUGCUAGAAAUCGGAAUGGUGAUGAUGACGAGUUUCGUGCUUUGGGGAGGUUUCAGAGGAACAAUCCUCCUACCUUUGAGGGAGAGCAUGAGCCGGAUAAGGCUCAAGCUUGGUUGAAAGUGAUCGAGAAGAUCUUUCGAGUUAUGAAUUGCACCGAUGCUCAAAGAGUGCAGUUUGGUGCUCACAUGCUGGAGAAGGAAGCUGAGGAUUGGUGGGGGAAUACUGCUCAGAGGUUUGAUGAGGAAGGUAUUCAGGUUACUUGGGAUCAUUUCCGUGAUGCAUUUCUAGAAAACUAUUUCCCGGAAGAUUGCCGUGGAAAGAAAGAGGUGGAAUUCCUUGAAUUGAAGCAAGAGAAUGAUACCGUGGCGGAGUAUGCUGCUAGAUUUCAAGAUCUUAUCCAAGUUGGUUAA